AUGUCCGACCGUCUCGCCCAGGUCAACGCCCACCUGAACUACCCGCGCGGUCUGCUCGCCGGCCAGGUCGCCAUCAUCACAGGCGCCGGCCAGGGCAUCGGCGCCGAAACCGCCAAGCUGUUUGCCAACGAGGGAGCCAAGGUGGUUGUUGCUGAUAUUGAUGCUCAAAAAGCCAACAACGUCGCCAACGAGAUCAACGCGGCCGCGCCCAACCGCGCCCUCGCCGUCGUCGGCGACGUGCUCAACGACGCCUACAUCCAGGAGGUGGUCGACAAGGCGGCGGCGUUUGGCAACGGCAAGAUCCAUAUUAUCGUCAACAACGCCGGGUUUACCUGGGACGGCGUGAUCCAUAAGAUGACCGAUAAACAAUGGGACACGAUGCUGGCGGUGCACAACACGGCGCCGUUCAAGCUCGUCCGCGCGGCGGCCAAGUACUUCCGCGUCAAGGACAAGGAGCCGCGCGUGAUCAUCAACAUCAGCAGUACCAGCGGCAUCCACGGGAAUGCCGGGCAGGCAAACUACGCCGUCGCCAAAGCCGGCGUGGUCGGACUGACGCGCACCAUCGCCAAAGAAUGGGGCCCCGCGUUCGGCGUGCGCGCCAACACCAUCGCCUUUGGGUUCGUCACGACGCGCCUGACCGCCGCCAAGGAGGACGGCGCCUUCAUCACCACCCCCGACGGCACCAAGGUCGCGCUGGGCAUUCCCGGCGCGCAGCUGAACAGCAGGAAGGGCGGCUCCGAGCCGGCCAAGCAGACGUACCCGGAUAUCCCGCUGGGGCGCCCGGCGACGCCGGAUGAGGCGGCGCGCAGUGUACUUGCUGUGGCGAGUCCGUUGUUCUCGUAUGUUAGUGGCGAGACGAUUCGGGUUACUGGGGGGAGGAACAUGUAG